AGGUAGUGUAACUUGUUCCAUUAUUUAUACUCAAGAUAACCCACCAUUAUAUUCCCACAUAUAUAGAAAGAGAAAAAAAAAAGAUAUGGAGGAUGAAAUAAAAGAGUCAAAAUUCAAGAGGAUUUGUGUGUUUUGUGGGAGUAGUGCUGGAAAAAAAAGUAUCUAUAAGGAAGCUGCAAUUGAGCUUGGAAGAGAAAUAGUAUCAAGAAAAAUAGACCUGGUUUAUGGAGGAGGCAGCAUUGGUUUGAUGGGUUUGGUCUCUCAAGAAGUUCAUAACGGUGGUCGCCAUGUCCUUGGUGUGAUUCCCAAGACAUUAAUGCCGAGAGAGAUAACUGGUGAAACAGUAGGAGAAGUGAAGGCAGUUGCAGAUAUGCACCAGAGGAAAGCUGAAAUGGCCAAACAUUCUGAUGCCUUUAUUGCUCUACCUGGUGGCUAUGGGACUUUAGAAGAGCUGCUUGAAGUCAUUGCUUGGGCUUAUCUUGGAAUCCAUGAUAAACCGGUAGGAUUAUUGAAUGUAGAUGGUUACUACAAUUCCCUUUUGACGUUUAUUGACAAAGCAGUGGAGGAAGGAUUCAUCUGCCCUAAUGCCCCCCAAAUUUUUGUAUCCGCUCCUAAUGCCAAGGAACUUUUAAAUAAACUCGAGGGGUAUUUUCUCAGUGAUGAAACUGUUGCAUCAAAACUUAAUUGGGAAAAUGUGGAGUCAGAUUAUUCCUCCAAGAUGGUUGUCCAUGCCUCCUCAUGAGAAGAUUAAUUUUAGAACAACAAUCAGUAAUAAUGAUGCUUUGCGGCUACUAUGGGUCUUCAAAAGGAACCGGGAACGAGGCAAAGACAUCCUAAGAAGUUUGCCUAUGGACUCUACCUCAACGACCUUCUUCCGUACUUUCACGAGAAAGCAAGCUAUCGACCUUAUCUCCGUUAGUUUUUCAAGAUCAAUACCCCCAUUGGUCAAUUAUUGAAACUCUCAAGAGAAUUCCUAGUGAAAUUUUGUACAAAAGAAAAAAAGAAAAUUCCUCUUUUGGAUGAGGUGGACAACACCAAAUGUGUAUUAUAUGUUAUUGGGAAUAAAAACAUUAUAUGUAAUGGCAUGGUCAAAAUCGUGUUGCCCGUGAAAAGUUAGGCACCCGAUCGACAUGAAAUACAAUUUGAUUAGUUGAUGGUUGAAUUUC